CAGGUCUGUGCCCACACCCGUACUUGCUCGCUCGAGGAGAUAGCUGUCAGUGCACACCUUUCCUCAAUGUGUGUUUAUUGACUUAAGAGCUCAAUCCAUCAGGUGAAAUUUCCAGAACACUCCAGUGCACCUGUGAUCGUACCAAGUUACUACAGCUAAUCAGGUUACUUUUUGAAGCAGUUUUCUGAUAAGAGUUCUGCUAACAAUGUCCACUGUAGAGGGGAACAGACAGUCGGUUUUGAAGACCACGAAGGUCCGCACUGCUCUGAAAGGAGACAGCAGCUGGAUACAACGAAGUCAGGGAGAAAAUAUCAAGAACGAGGAGGAGGAGGAGGAGGAGAAACCAUGGAUGGCUGAGGUGCGAGCAAACCGCACAAAUGGGAUUUUCGAAGAAACAAGUCCUGCUACAUCACCUACGGCCAAAGAGCCUCAACCCAAAACCAACACAGAGAUACCAACAGCACCAACAUCUGGAUAUUUAAUCAGAGGGGUCUUCAGAAAAACUGAUUCCAAGCCAACGUCAACGUCAGCUAAUGGCUUUGCCGGAAUGAAUAACUUCACAAAAAAGCCAUCAGAAAGUUACAAGAAAAUAGCUCCUCACACAAUUCGCACCAAUGCUGAGAAGCCGGUGCAGUCUGAGCCUGCUCUGAGUCCAGAGGAACUGGAGAAAAGGACAGAGGCAGCCAUCAGUGUCCUCAAAGACUCUUCAACCAGCCGACGUUCAUAUGUACUCUCAGCUGCAAAGAAAUAUGAAACCACAGACAAAUCCGACAGCUCUCCUAUGACGAGCACUUCUUUUGUUGCCAAAAGGGUCGUUAUCGGUGAUGAUGAUGACAUUGCUGCAACUAAACCUGCCAGUACAGUGUCAGUUCAGUCUGCCCCUCAGCAGAGUGUAAACACGAGCAUUGAAAACACCACAGUCCAAGUGGCGAAGGAGGUCAAGCCAGUAGCACCUCAAACUAAAUCUGAACCAAAACCUGCAACAGAAAUUAAACCAGCACCUGAAACAAAACCAGCACCUAAUUUAGAGCCCAAACCAAUGGCUGAAACUAAAACGCUGCCUGUGUCUACAACAGUGCCUGAACCUAAACCAUUAGUUGAAAUUAAAACAUCACCUGUGGUUGAAACUAAACCAGCACCCGAACCUAAACCAGCAGCUGAAUCUAAACCAGUGGUUGAAAUUAAAACAGCACCUGUGCCUAAACCAGUGGUUGAAAUUAAAACAGCACCUGUGCCUAAACCAGUGGUUGAAACUAAACCAGCACCCGAACCUAAACCAGCAGCUGAACCUAAACCAGUGGUUGAAAUUAAAACAGCACCUGUGCCUAAACCAGUGGUUGAAACUAAACCAGCACCCGAACCUAAACCAGCAGCUGAACCUAAACCAGUGGUUGAAAUUAAAACAGCACCUGUGCCUAAACCAGUGGUUGAAAUUAAAACAGCACCUGAACUUAAACCAGUGGUUGAAACUAAACCAGCACCCGAACCUAAACCCACAUCAGAACCUAAACCAGCUGCUGUUUCUAAAACUACAACAGAAACUAAAACAGCAACCGAGACUAAGCCCAGAUCAGAACCUAAACCAGUGGCUGUAACUCAACUGAAACCAUCCCCUGAACCGACUCCAGAGAAAAGUACUGAAAGUCUGAUUUCACUGUCUGAUACCCUGAUAUCCUUCAAGACAGAGCCUGCCAGAGCUGAUCCAAAACUGACCCCAGAACAGAGUAAUGGCUUGAAGAAUGGUGACCUUUUUAAUCUUUCUAAGAGUACUGUUCAAGUGUCUGUGAACCCUGAUAUAGAUCUGCUCAGUCAAGACCUGCUCACAGACAACAGUUCUCUGCCUCAGACAAAGCAGACAGUGAAAAGUCUGGACCUUCUCGCAGAUGAUAUUAUUCCCUUCAAUACUAGUGCCCCCAGAAUCAGCACGGAGUACACUUAUAGUCACAAAACACAGACUGUAAAACAGCAGGAGGAUUUUAAGAGCUCUGCCGAUCUAUUUGAUCCAAUUCCACGUGAGCCCACGAAGAGUCCUGAAUGGUUUGGUCCACCUCUGGACUCCACCAACAACAGAUCCAAAGAUCCAGACAAUCAUUUUCAGAAGCCCUUAAACUUGGCUCCUGAUAUGCCCUCAGAUGUUUUGGUUUCCCUAGCUGAUGAUGUCAUUCCAAUUAACACUGACAGGAGUAAGUGGAGAACUGACAUGGAAAGCAAAACCUACACCAAAACAGUUGACAGUGCUGAGCAGAAGUUACCGGAAUCUGAAUCCAAAAAGGGCUGUGUCUACGUUAAGGAAUAUGUGAACAAUUCACAUAUCGAUAGCAGCAGCUCUGAUUAUCUGACCUCAACAACCUCCAACUAUAAUUACAGCACCCCCAGUUUCUACUCCAGAAAAGAAACAACGACUCCCUGUACAUACUGCGGAGAGAUGGUGGGAAAUGACGCCAAGAUCACCAUUGAGCACCUAAACAUAUCCUGUCACCCAUCCUGCUUCAAGUGUGGGAUUUGCACGAAACCAAUGGGAGAUUUGCUUUACAAUAUGUUUCUCCAUCGUGGGGUCGUCCACUGUGAGAGCUGCUACGCCAAUGUCCUGUAAGGCUACCUGCUGACAUUCACCGCCAGAACAAAUGGAUAUUCCACCACAGUAUGGAUGCCACUUUCCUUGCAUUAGGAAUUAGACAUUAUACUACAAUGAAACACGUUCCUCUUCAUUUUUCUUCACUGAUACAACAGAUCUAAGUGUACCACUGAAUGAAUUUUAUUGUGCAGAAUAGAUGCUAGAGUAGUAGGAACUCUGUUUUUGGGAUUCUAUGCUAUUAGAUGUCUCCAGAUGGGCUGUUAGUCUCCAAACAAAUAAUGUAUUUGUCUUCAUGGUAUUUGUUUUCCAUUUAAUCACCAAAACCCCAUUUUAAAAGAAUCCUUGUUUUCAGUAACUGAAUCUCUUAUGAAACUAUGUAUUUUGCAUCUCUAUAUACUUUUCACAUUUACUGUAAAGCAACUUUCACUCAUCAAUAAAGUUGUAUUCUCCUUU